GCGCGCUGCCGCCGCCCGGUCCCCCUGGGCGGAGACGGAACCGCGGCGCGCUCCGAGCAGGUUCCGAGGAGCCAUGGGCAGAGCCAUGAAGCUGGCGGGGUUGCUGCUGGGGCUGUUCCUCGUGCCCGCCGUGCUGGUGAGCACCAGCUUGUACCAGGACGACCCGCGAAGCGAGGCCGCGGCGGACUGCUGGGACGCUGCCCCCGAGAGCAACCUGUGGCCGCUGCCGCAGCGGCUCCGCGCCUCCUGCCGCCAGUUCCAGUUGGCGCCCGGCCGCUUCCAGAUGGUGCACGGCGCCGGCUCCUCCGCGGGAGCGGACUGCGCGCUGCUGCAGGACGCCUUCCGCAGGUACUACGAGUACAUGUUCGGUCAGCCCUGGCAGCAGCGAAGCUCCCGGCCGCUGGGCGUUCGUGCGGGGCCAGAGCUGCUGGAGCUGCAGGUGGUGAUCAAGUCCCCGGAGCCGGGCUGCCAGAGCUUCCCGCACCUUGGUUCCAGCGAAGCCUAUCACUUAACCGUAGCUGGGCCUGUGGCUGUACUGAAAGCUGAUGAGGUAUGGGGCGCUUUAAGAGGUUUAGAAACCUUUAGCCAGUUGGUUCAUGAAGAUGAUUACGGAAGCUUUCUUGUGAACGAAUCUGAAAUAGAUGACUUCCCAAGAUUUGCCCAUAGAGGAAUCCUACUAGACACUUCAAGGCAUUAUUUACCAUUGAAAUCUAUUCUUACAAAUCUGGAUGCCAUGGCUUUUAACAAGUUCAAUGUUUUCCACUGGCAUAUAGUAGAUGAUCAGUCAUUCCCGUACCAGAGUACUUUUUUCCCUGAGUUAAGUGAUAAGGGAGCAUACUCCUAUAACCACAUCUAUACUCCUGCUGACAUCCGUCUGGUGAUUGAGUAUGCCCGGUUAAGAGGCAUUAGAGUUAUUCCAGAGUUUGACACCCCAGGACACACAGAGUCUUGGGGAAAAGGUCAAAAAGAUCUUCUCACCCCUUGUUACAGUGGAGAACAGCCAACUGGGUCCUUUGGACCUGUAAAUCCCAUUUUGAAUACAACUUACGAAUUCAUGACUAAAUUCUUCAAAGAGAUCAGCAGUGUAUUUCCAGAUGCAUACAUUCAUUUGGGAGGAGAUGAAGUGAACUUCAAUUGUUGGAGAUCUAACCCUGAAGUGAGAGAAUUCAUGAAGAAGCAAGGAUUUGGCACUGACUACUCGAAACUGGAAUCCUACUAUAUUCAGAAGAUUUUGGACAUUGUUUCCUCCUAUAACAAAGGAUACGUGGUCUGGCAAGAAGUGUUUGAUAACAAAGUACAGCUGAAACCAGACACUGUAGUUCAGGUGUGGAUGGGAAACAACUAUGCUCAUGAACUAAGCAGUGUCACUGCAGCUGGGUUCACUGCUAUCCUGGCAGCACCCUGGUACUUAGACUACAUUAGUUAUGGGCAAGACUGGAAGAAAUACUACAGAGUUGAACCGCUUAACUUCCCUGGAUCUGAAAAACAGAAAAAGCUUCUAAUAGGUGGAGAAGCCUGCCUGUGGGGGGAAUUUGUGGAUGCAACUAACCUCACACCAAGAUUGUGGCCUCGAGCAAGUGCUGUAGGAGAAAGACUCUGGAGCAGCAAGAAUGUGACUGACUUGAAUGAUGCCUAUCGAAGACUGACUAAUCAUCGAUGCCGCAUGCUCCGCCGUGGCAUAGCAGCCGAACCGGUGUUCGUUGGAUACUGCCCCCAUGAAGCAGGAGGGUAGUAACUGCUGCAGAGACUUCUAGUCAACAACCUCAAGUGCCUCUGGGGUAUGAAUAUAUGUACAUGCAAUCUGAUAUUUGAACCAAAACUUAAAAUUUUCACUUCUAAAAUAAAAGUUAUUUGACAUUC